CACCCUUUCACCAUUGCAAAGGAAGCGGGGAUUAGAAGAAUCUCUCUCUUAGAUCUCAACGUCUACAUACUCCGAUCAACAUAGAGGAAGACAAUGCAAUCAUGCCACAAUUAGACACAGAUGCUCCUCUGCCAAGCUAUUUACAUUCAUUUGCUUCAAUCUUUUCAAGGCAUCCAGAUACGCCAAGGAAGGAUGUCUUUCGACAAUUGAUGUUACGUUCGGUACGAUUUCACCUGAAAAGAUCCAAUUCAAGAGCAGAAGAUGAAGAACAGCUAGAUGGUUUCAGAGAAGGAGUGCUUCCGCUUCGCAUUCGUCCAGCAUUUGUCAUUCUCAACGUUCUGGCAUUGAUCGUCUUAGCAGUGCUGGGUUUCCAUCCUAAAUCGGGAUCCUUCGUUCCGAUCAACGAUAAGGUACUACAUUUCAUUUGUUUCUUCUUUGCGACUGGAUUGUUUUAUUUCAUUUGGGAUGUAGAUGAACCUGCAAGAAGGGUUUGGAUAUGGCGACAUGUAGCACUCAUUUUGACUUGGUUCGUAUGUUUCGUUGGUGGAGGAUUAGGAUCAGAGAUUGUACAAUCAGCAUUACCUUACAAGACAUUUCAAUGGGGUGACGUAUUCGCAAACCUUUUAGGAUCUGCUUUAGGUCUCUUUGUUUCGUAUCAUGCAGAAAGAAGACAUCGAUUGAGAAGGGAGAUUGCUCGAUUAUACGAACCCUUAGAUCAAGAAUUGUACGGAGAUGAAGAGGAAGAAGAUGAUUUGAAUGAUUGGGCAGAUGAUGGAGGAGAUGCAAAUGAUCCUUGGCGCAAUGUUCGGCCAACGGCAAGAAAGCUUUCUAUCGGUAAUAACUCCACAACGAAAGCUGUCCGAUUUACCGGAGCCGGAAAUGGAGAUAUUGAAAGUGGCAGAAUGUCUGAAAAUGAAUCAUCUUCUAAUCACACCCAAGCUACUUCACCAAAAGAACCUUCAAAAGUACCGAAGGAAGCGCUAUUCAGCAUUGACGAUGAGGAUCACGAAGAUGAUGAGGCGGCUGAUGCAUGGAAAGCGGCCCGAUGAAAUGCUGCUUAAAAUAGAAUGUUUUGAUUCUACUAUGUAUUGUAUAUUAUGUUAUCGCAUAUAACAUUCAAUCAAAUUUAUGGAUGACACUUUUUGGUGGGAAGGAAAUGAUAGGAGAUGGUAAAUGAAGUGAAAGGCUAUUUUUGUAAUUGUUGGAGAAACCGG